UCUUCAUUGUGGUUCAAUUAUGUGUGGAUUUUUGGAGGGAUUUUGGAUUUAAACCUAUUUCUAAGAGGAAGGGAUGAGCAAAGUGAAUGAUGGAGUAGUGGAACAAGUUCGAAUCCCACCUUCACUAGCUCCUAGUAAGGACAGUUUAAGUUUAUGGAACUUUUCACUUUCACCUGGUUGGACGAAGGAAGAAGUUCGCGUUUUAAGUCUCUGUUUGAUGUCGUUUGGUGUUGGUCGUUGGCAGAAGAUCGUAGAUAGUGGAUACCUACCGAACAAGACGAUAUCGCAGUUGAAUUUACAGACUCAGCGGUUGAUUGGACAACAGUCUGUGGCAGAGUUUACGGGUCUUUGUAUCGAUCCAGCUGAAGUGAGGGAACACAAUGAGCAGAGGAUUGCGCAAGGAGCGAAAACGAAAGGAGGUAUCAUCGUAAAUACAGGUCCCAAUCCUACCAAAGAGAUUAUAAUGAGUCGAUUGAAAGAAAAUUCAAAAAAGUUUGGUUUGAAAGAGGAGCAGAUUGCGGUAGCAAAAGCUCAAUUGCUGGGAAUCGUUGAAGGUCAAAAGAUGCAACGGAAUUUGGAUAAGUUCUCGACCAAGACAAGACAACAAGCUGUAUCCGCUAUUUUAGAGCAAACAAAAGAUGGAGAUAAGAAGCAGUUGUGCGUGGACAAAGAUGGUCUUCAACUUUAUAGUUUGGAAGAAAAAAGUGACAAGGAUACACACGAAUUGAGAAAGUAUUGGGUCAAACUGAUGAAUACGUUGCACAUUAUCAAUGAGACCAUUCACAAACUGCAAUCAGAAGCCUCAUCAACGGAAGAAAAGAAUGCCAUGCAAGAUAUCACCAACGUGGAUACAGCAAAGCAAUCCGAGUCAGUUCAUACAAACUACCAUCAGUCAAGUUGUGCGACGAAAGAAGAACGAGUUGAUUCAUCUUUUUCAGAAAAACAGGGAACAAAAAGACGAAGAUGAAUGAAAUGUGUCCACGUGAUGAAAGUUU